CACGCCCCCGCCUCCGCGAAGAGCUCGUGGAGGCGGAGUCAGCGACUACCUCCGGGCAAAACAGGUUGUGCGCAGGCGCAGCCGGAGGUGCUGGCAGAUUUGGCUUCUGUUUCCAACCAACGGCGCCAGGAGCGCGAAAAAAAAAAUUACUUCCGGGGAAGUGAAGCCACGUUUUCUCGGCUCCAACAUGGAGGGUACUAGUGGAGCCGAUGUGCCGAUUUCCGGGGAGCUGGUGUCCGUGGCACACGCUCUUUCUCUCCCAGCAGAGUCCUAUGGCAACGAUCCAGAUAUUGAGAUGGCUUGGGCCAUGAGAGCAAUGCAGCAUGCUGAAGUUUAUUACAAGUUGAUUUCAUCGGUUGACCCACAAUUCCUGAAACUUACCAAAGUGGAUGACCAAAUCUACUCUGAGUUCCGAGAAAUUUUUGACAAACUCAAGAUAGAUGUUUUGGACCCAGAAGAACUUAAAUCAGAAUUGGCAAAAGAGAAGUGGAGACCAUUCUGCUUGAAGUUUGAAGGGGUUGUGGAAGAUUUCAACUAUGGUACUUUGCUGCGACUAGAUUGUUCUCAGGGUUACACUGAGGAAAAUACCAUCUUUGCCCCCAGAAUACAGUUUUUGGCCAUUGAGAUUGCUCGGAACCGGGAAGGCUGUAACAAAGCGGUUUAUGUCGGUGUUCAGCCCAAAGAAGGAGAGCAAGGUGUCGGUGGAGGAGAACAAAAGAAAGCUGAGAAAAAGGAAGAGGAAGCCAACGAUGGAGGGGAAAAAGAGCAAGGAGCAGUUGCUGGAGAUGGAGAAAAAGAGAAGGGAGGAGCUGCUGGAGAUGGAGGAAAGGAGGGAGGAGAAACUUCUGGAGAAGGAGGAAAAAAGGGUGAACCUGCCAGAGAUGGAGAAAAAGAGGAAGGAGCUGCCGAAGAAGGAGGAGAAAGGGAAACUGCCAAGGAAAGAGAAAAAGAGAAAGAAGUCAACAAAGAAAUCAAAGAGGAUGAAUAGUUAUUUUGGGAGUAGUGCUCUAGAGGGUACAGCAGCUGAGCCAAAUGCUACUUGCUGUUUGCGCAAACCUCUUUGGUUAUAAAUGUAUGUCCUUGUGCAACUGAAAGAUACGCUGACGUCUCUCUAGCCCAAGAGUCAGGAGCUGCUCUUGUUGUUUAUGAACUGGCUUCUGUUAGGAUUUAGUUGACUGUUUAUUGUUUCUUGGCUGUUACUGCUGCUCAAGUAAAAAGUUUUGUAAAUAAAUUUCGUUCUUACA